UCCGCACCUUGUUAUUCGAAAAUUGCUCCUUUUUUCUUUUUUUGUUUUUGUUUUUUGUUUUUAAAUUUCCUUAUUGCUCUUUUUCAUACGAGUGAGAGUGCGAUUGAGAGUGAGAGAGAGAGAACCGCCAUGGAUCACCAGCAUCAGAGAGAAGGAUCACCUCCACAGUCUGGGACUCCGGCUCAAGGCUCCCGCAUUUUUAAUGUUUUCUUCGUUUUCAUCGCCAUCUUCGCCAUGAUAGUGCUUCCAUCAAGAUCAUCUCCGUUAAAUAACUUAGCCAUUUUGCACCAAGUCCCCGAAGGUCAUGUCGGGGCAUAUUGGAGAGGAGGUGCCCUUCUGAAAACAAUUACAGAUCCAGGUUUUCAUUUCAAAAUGCCUGUCAUUACCCAUUUUGAGCCUGUUCAAGUGACCAUUCAGACAGACCAGGUGAGGAAUAUUCCAUGUGGUACUAAAGGAGGUGUCAUGAUUACUUUUGAAAAGAUAGAGGUUGUCAACCGGCUUCGGAAGGAUUAUGUGUAUGAAACACUUUUAAACUACGGUGUGCAAUAUGACAACACAUGGAUAUAUGAUAAGAUUCAUCAUGAAAUCAAUCAAUUCUGUAGCUCUCAUACUCUUCAACAAGUAUAUAUUGAUGUAUUUGAUCAGAUUGAUGAGAAGAUGAAAGACGCUCUUCAGGGUGAUUGUACACGUUAUGCUCCAGGUAUUGAAAUUAUCAGUGUUCGUGUUACAAAGCCUACAAUCCCAGAAAGUGUAAGACGUAACUUUGAACAGAUGGAGGAGGAACGCACAAAGGUCUUAAUUGCAAUGGAGAAACAAAGGGUAAUUGAGAAAGAGGCUGAGACUCAGAAAAAAAUUGCUUUCAGUGAUGCAGAGAAAAAUGCAGGUGUCAGUAAGAUUCUCAUGGAACAAAAGUUGACGGAGAAGGAAAGUGCCCGGCAGCAGCAAGAAAUUGAAAACCAGAUGUAUAUUGCCCGGGAAAAGAGCCUGGCAGAUGCUGAUUACUACCGGGUAAUCAAGGAAGCUGAAUCCAACGACUUGAAGCUUACACCCCAGUUUCUCGAGCUUAAAUUCAUCGAGGCUAUUGCUGAUAAUACAAAAAUUUUCUUUGGAGAAAAGGUGCCUAAUAUGAUCUUGGAUCAGAGAUUGCUAGGCAGCUUUCUACAAGAAGUUUCCAAAGAGGUGUCAAAAGAAGUGUCUGGAGAGGGAGUAUCACGCAAGUAAUCUGAUCUACAA